AUGGAGCCAGAGUAUAUCGAAUUAAGUUCAAAUCCACAACAUGGAAAACCUACUUCAAAUAAUUGGAAUAUAUCAGACUCACAAUUACAAUUGAUACUACUAAGGCUAGGUAAUAUCAGUGAUGAUGUGUAUGAACGUGGAAAUAUACCUACAAUUUCCAAAGAAGCUGAAUUUAUGAUCAACAAAAUUAAUGAAUUACCAAUAUCUGAAGCUAUUGAAAUAAUUCGAAAUGCAUUAGUAGAACAUAAAGGUGAUGUUAACUUCUUAAGUGAAGAUUAUCAUUUAUUAGAGAGAUUAAUUAGUCAAAUUCUGGAAUCAGAAGAACCAAAGCAAGAAGUUAGUGAAACAAAAUCAUUUAAAAAUAAAACAUAUUUGAAUAUAGUAGAUUGGAACUUACAAAUUAGAUUAGAAGCAGCUUUAAUACAUUAUCAUUCUCCAUAUCCAGAAGUCAGAGCUAUUACAGAUCCAUUUGACGAUCCCACUAUACCCGUUGAAACAUUUCGAUGUUAUUUUAUUGGAUUCUUUUGGACAUUUGUUGGAUCAAUUAUUAACAGUUUCUUUGUGCAUAGAAUGCCGAGUAUCUCAUUAUCAUCACACACAAUACAAAUUUUAUUACUUCCUAGUGGUAAAUUGUGGGAAAGAAUAUUUCCAAAUAAUUAUACAAUUGUUGGGAUUAAUUUAAAUCCUGGUCCUUGGAAUUAUAAAGAGAUGAUGUUAGCAUCUAUAAUUUACUCGUGUUCAGCAUCAUUGCCAUAUUCCAUUUACAAUAUAUUUGUUAUGAAAUUAGAUAAAUUUUAUGGGUUAAAAUGGGUUUCAUUAUCUUUUCAGUUAUUACUUUGUAUAUCUACACAAUUUCUUGGGUUUGGAUUUGCAUUAAUUAUGAAGAAAGUUUGUGUUUAUCCUAGUAAAGCCAUUUGGCCAACUAUAUUACCUACCGUUGCAUUGAAUAGAGCAUUAAUGAAUCAAGAUGAAAAUAAUGUGGUACAUGGAUGGAAAAUUUCAAGAUAUUCAUUUUUCAUGAUUGUUACAUGUUUAAGUUUUGUUUAUAAUUGGAUACCAUCAUUUCUCUUCACUGCAUUAUCGAUAUUUAAUUGGCCAACUUGGUUUAAUUCAAAAAAUAUUCAUUUGACGAAUGUAACAGGUUCAAUGGUGGGUUUAGGCUUAAAUCCAAUUCCUUCAUUUGAUUGGAAUGUAAUAGGUUCAAGUAGUUGUUUGACAAUUCCAUUUUAUACAUAUGCAAAUAGAUAUAUUGGGUCAUUUAUUGGAUUUAUAGUAAUUUUGCUUGUUUACUAUGCAAACAACAAUUGGACAGCAUAUUUACCUAUUAAUUCAAAUAGGUUAUUCAAUAAUAAGGCUGGAUUAUAUGAGAUUAGUCAAAUUGUUAAUGAUAAAAAUUUAUUUGAUGAAUCAAAAUAUAAAAAAUAUGGACCACCUUAUUUUACUGCUGCUAGUUUAGUUGUAUAUGGAGCAAAUUUUUGUCUUUAUCCAUUUGCUAUCUUAUAUCAUUUUAUAACUGAAUGGGAAUCAAUGAAAUCAGCAUUUGUGAAUGUUUUCAAUUCAUUAGUUGAUGUGUUUAAAUUAUCAGAUAAAAAUCCUUAUGGUAGAUAUAUGGAUGAUCCACAUUGUAAAAUGAUGUCAAAAUAUGAAGAUGUACCUGAUUUAUGGUUUGUUUUAAUUUUAUUAAUUAGUACAUUAUUUGCAUUUGCUGUUGUUUUAUUGUAUCCUGUUGAAACUCCAAUUUAUGGUAUAUUAUUUGUCAUUUUCAUCAAUUUUGUAUUCUUGAUUCCAAUUACUUCAAUAGCUAGUGUUUCUGGUUUUUCAUUUGGUUUAAAUGUUUUAGUUGAAUUAAUUGUUGGUUAUACAAUUCCAAAUUCAGGUUUAGCUUUGAUUACUUUAAAAGCAUAUGGAUAUAAUAUAGAUUCACAAGCAUCAAAUUAUAUUACAGAUCAAAAGCUUGGACACAUGGCAAAAAUACCACCAAAGGCUCUUUUCAAAGGACAAAUAAUUUCGACACUCAUCAAUAUUUUUAUUUCACUAGCUGUUGCAAAUUGGCAAUUAAAUAAUAUUCCCGACUUAUGUGAUCCACAUCAAAAAGAUAAAUUAGAAUGCCCUGGUGCAAAUACUUAUUUUUAUUCACUGGUUCAAUAUGGUGAAAUUGGAGUUAAUAAAGUAUUUACAGGUUUAUAUCCAAUGUUGAAAUGGUGUUUUUUGUUAGGAGUUUUACUAGUAUUCCCAUGUGUAUGGUUUAAAUAUAAUGGACCAAAGAAACUAACUAAAUAUUUUGAACCAACAAUUAUAAUGGGUGGGUUUUUAGAUUUUGCUCCUUAUAAUUUAGCAUAUUAUACUGGAGGGUUAUAUUUAAGUUAUAUUUUCAUGUAUGAAAUUAAAAGGAAUUACUUAUUAUGGUGGGAGAAGUUUAAUUAUAUAUUAACAAGUGCAUUAUCAGCUGGUGUUGCAUUUAGUGCUUUAAUUAUCUUUUUCACUGUUCAGUAUAAUUCAAUCAAAUUAGAAUGGUGGGGAAAUCUAAUUCAUAAACAAGGAAUUGAAGGUGGUCAGCUAUCACCAAUAUGGAAAGAUAUAAGUACAGCACCAGAUGGAUAUAUAGGACUAAGAGAAGGCCAUUAUCCUUAA